GAUCCUGCCGUACGCGCGGGCCAUGGCGGCUUUGCGGCCCGGAAGCAAAGCACUUCGCCGGCUGCUCUGCCGGUCCUUCUCCGGCGGCGGCGUUCGGCUGGCCCGUGAGCGCGCUACGGAGCGCAGGGAUGCUGCGUCCAGCCGGGUCUCAAGAUUCUGCCCUCCGAGACAGUCUUGCCAUGAUUGGAUAGGCCCCCCAGACAAAUACUCCAACCUUCGUCCUGUUCAUUUUCACGUCCCUGAAAAUGAGUCUCCUUUGGAGCAAAGGCUUAGGGAAUUGAGGCAAGAAACGCAAGAAUGGAAUCAGCAGUUCUGGGCCAAGCAGAAUCUGUCCUUUAAUAAGGAAAAGGAAGAGUUCAUUUACUCAAGGCUACAAGCUAAAGGCUCAGGCCCGCGAACCGAGUCAGGCCAAAGAGCAACACUGGAUGCCGAGGAGAUGGCUGACUUCUAUAAGGACUUUCUGAGCAAGAAUUUCCAGAAGCACAUGUGCUAUAACCGAGACUGGUACAAGCGCAAUUUUGCCAUCACUUUCUUCAUGGGGAAGGUGGCCCUGGAGAGGAUGUGGAGCAAGCUGAAGCAGAAGCCAAAGAAGACAAGCGAUUAGAGGAGCCCACCGGACCUGACCACAGCACCAGGUCCAUUUGCGAGGCCUGGAGACUAAGUGAGCACAGGCUCCUGACCCGCGCUCAGACCUUGCUGACUGUGUGUCCCCAGCGGCUCAGUCCCAUCAGCAGACUGUAUGCUUGCUGUCUGUAUCUUGAAUUAUGUCAGUUCAGAAGAUAGCAGGGUAAAAACGUGAAUAAAGUUUUGCUGUAAGGAUUUAA